AUGUACAAUUUUUUUCUUGUGAACAGUGGCUUGGCAUCUCUUCAAGAAGAGACAGACUGGGAGAAGUUCUCUGUCUGUGACUGCUCUAUGGAAGUUUGCUACCGGCGUUGGCUGGAAUGGGUGCGUGUGACUUACCCGAGAGAGUACGAGGUUGUGAACCGCAAGGUCAUCGGGAUAAAGCCUGAGAGGGCAGCCAUGUUGACUCCUCACUCCAUCCGUGAACACUUCUCUGCUUUAACUGCAUGUUUGGAGCGGUGUGGUAUUCUGGAUAAAGACGGGAAGAUAGCUCAUGGCCAUCGGCUUUGGGCAGCUGAUGAGAAGGGUAUGUGCGACACAGAGGGGAAGCUCAAGUUCGUUUCUGGUCUGGCCAUCAAGAAGCUCGGCGCACCGACCUGCUCAGCAGGUGGAUCUGGCUUCAAGCACAUCUCUGUUUUACCAUUCAUCUCUCUGGAUGGGAAGAUCAGUGAACCUUACAUUACCAUGGCGGGCAGCUCUACGAUGAACGUGUGGAAGGAAGUCUGGCCACAGGCGCAUGUGGCUGUGAGCGAAAAGGGUGCAGUGACGACAGACCUAUUCUCGCAGUUCUACGCACACUGGUGUCAAUAUGUGAGAGAUGUCCUCAAGAUACCCUUGUCCGAAAGCAUCGUUGUGAUCCUUGACUCAGGGGGCGGAAGCUUAAGCCACCUCUCUGUCUCUGUGGGUGUCCUGUCUGAGAAAUACAACAUUGCGCCCUUCUACCUACCACCGCAUCAUACAUGCGCGGUGAUGCCACUGGACAUGCACCCCAACCGCGCUUUCGAGAGUCAUUGGGCUCACAUCCGUUCCCGCUCUACUUCCAUCAGCUCUUUGCAAGCGUUGGAUAGUUUGCAGAUUGGAUGUGCUCCUGAUCCAGACAAGAUUCUCAUUGACAAGCCUGAACUCUUCAAGAAGAUUGUUCCUGUGGCAGAUCGUGACUACAAAGAAGCCCAGAAUGCGAAUGCUUUACCCCAGCCUCGAGGCUAUGAACGUGCUUUGGCUUCACAUCCAUGCACUUCUUGCAAGAGAAAGGUCCCCACCAGUGCAAAAUUCUGCUCGAUGUGCGGCGCAACCAACGCAAAUUAUGAUGCGAUCCAGGGAAGCGUGUCUCAAGGUGCAAAAAGUCAAGCCUACAAGCGCAAGCCAACACAGAUCACUGACAUGCAGAAUGCCUUAGACUUUUCACCGUCCAGAAAGAAAUCGGCCACCAAGGUGUGGGGCGACUUGACAGCCAAGGCCAAAGCCAUUCAGCCUGAGCUUUCUGAGGUGCCAGAGACAGAGAAGAAGAAAGAACCAGAGUCAGAGAAGAAGAAAGAACCGACGGCAGCUGAAGAGCGAGAGUUUGAUUUAGAAUGUGUGGACGAUUGUCUUGAGCUGAUAGCUCAUCACUGGCAGCAGAAAGAGCCUGAAAACUUGCGGGUGGUAGUGAGCUAUUUCCUUGCGGAUCUGCAUCAAAAAGCAACUAAGUCCAUGCCACUGUCCCAUCUUGUGAAUACACAAGUGCUGCAAAGUGGAGUCUUGAAAACUAAGACUUCCAGGCAGGCGUGGCUGGAUGCGUGGGCCAAGAACAGAUCACACAGGUUUGUACAGCUCCCUGCAUACUUGCAGAAGAAGUGA